GUAGUUUGUUGAAUAACUCGAUCGAGAUAGACCUAUCGCUAUCGGUGUAGCAUUCAAGUAGGGAGGUGGCCAUGAACAGCAUUGAAUCGUCGGAGCUCAGGAAGGUGUUCCAAAUGUUCGACAAGAAUGGCGAUGGCCAGAUCACGAAGAAAGAGCUAGGGGAGUCGCUCAAGAACCUGGGCAUCCACAUCUCUGAUGACGAGCUCGAUGCCACGAUGGACAAGAUCGAUGCCAAUGGUGACGGGUGCGUAGACGUCGAGGAGUUCGGAAAGCUCUACCGCUCCAUCGUCGGCGAGGGCCAAGUGGACAAGCACGACGAGGAAGAGGACAUGCGGGAGGCAUUCAACGUCUUCGACCAGAACGGUGACGGCUUCAUCACCGUGGAGGAGCUGCGGUCUGUGCUGUCCAGCCUCGGCCUCAAGCAAGGUCGCACGGCCGAGGAUUGCCGUAAGAUGAUCAGCAAGGUCGAUGCCGACGGCGACGGGCGCGUCGACUUCACAGAGUUCAAGCAGAUGAUGCGCGGCGGCGGGUUUGAUGCACUUGGUACAUGAUCGGGACUUUGGAGGAUUGAAGAUGCCUUAAUAUAAUUGCGUGGAUGGUAAGGGCGUUGUAGAUACUUCGUUCAUUAAAAUGGUUCGCAUGGUACGGAUGUGGCAAUCUAAUGACAUUUCUUCAUUAGUUAAUUAUUUGGUUUGGUGAA